AUGAGUGAAAAAGAAAAGCAAGAAGUCGUCGUGCAAGAACAUGAAGGUGGUUUUGAGGUGUCCGAAACUGGCGAAAUCCUCGUUGAGCCCACCGACGAAGAUUACAAGCAUUUGAGAGAAGUCGCUGAUCAUAUUCCUAAAGCUGCUUACCUCGUCAUCCUUAUUGAAUUCUGUGAGAGAUUCACAUUCUAUGGCUUAACAGGUCCAUUCCAAAACUAUAUCCAAAAUCCUGACCCUGGAUCAUAUCCCGCUGAAUUGCCUGGUGCUAUGGGUAGAGGUCAACAAACGGCUACUGCAUUGAAUACCUUCUUCCAGUUCUGGUGUUAUGUUACUCCUAUCAUCGGCGCUAUCGUUGCUGAUCAAUACUGGGGCAAAUACAAGACCAUUCUUGUCUUUUCUGGUCUUUACUUCCUCGGUUUGCUCAUCUUGACAUUGACUGCCAUGCCUGCUGCCAUUUCAGCUGGUGCUACUUUUCCUGGUUUCAUUGUCGCCAUCAUUGUUAUUGGUCUUGCUGCUGGCGGUAUUAAGGCCAAUGUGUCUCCCCUCGUUGCUGAACAAUACAAGAACACCAAGCCUUUCAUUAGAACCAUCAAACACAAGACCUCCUCCAAAUACACUGCUGAUGAAGGUGAUAUGCCUGCUCACGGCCAAACUGUUGUUGCUGCCUCCGGCUCUGAAACUCGUGUUAUCGUCUCUCCUCAAGCUACAUACCAAAAGCUCUUCAAUUACUUUUAUUGGGGUAUCAAUGUCGGUAGUCUUAUCGCCAUCACCACCAUCGUAAUCGAACAACAAGUUGGUUUCUGGGCUGCUUUUCUUUUGCCUACCCUCGUUUUCAUUCCAUGUAUUUGCGUUGUGCUUUUGGGUAAAAAAUUCUACGUUCGCAAUCCUCCCCGUGGCUCCAUCUUUGUGGAAGUCUUCAAGAUCAUCAAGCUCUCUUUCAAGAACGGCCUUGAGGGCUGUAAGCCCAGUAAUUUGGCCGUUUCCCACCCUGAACUUGCUGCCAAGGCUACUUGGGAUGAUGUCUUUAUUGAUGAAUUGAAGCGUACUUUCAGGGCCUGUCUUGUCUUUUGUUGGUAUCCCAUCUACUGGCUUUGCUACUCCCAAAUGACUAGCAACAUGGUUUCCAUGGCUGCUACUAUGCAAACUGGCAAUGUCCCCAAUGAUAUCAUGCAAAACAUCAAUCCUUUGACUCUCGUCCUCUUCAUUCCUCUCAUGGAUAAAUUUGUUUAUCCUGGCCUCCGUAGAAUUGGUAUUCCUUUCCGUCCCAUCAUGCGUAUCACCUGCGGUUUUAUCUUUGCUUCUCUUGCUAUGGCCUACGCUGCAGGCAUUCAAGCUCUCAUCUACAGCACUGGUCCAUACUAUGACAACCCAAGUGGUACCAACAAGAACGACGUGUCUGCUGGUUACAUUGUCCCUGCUUAUAUCUUGAUUGGUAUUUCAGAAAUUUUUGCUUCUAUCACUGGCCUUGAAUAUGCUUACAAGAAGGCUCCUGAGAAGAUGAAGUCUUUGGUCAUGGCCUUGUUUUUGUUCAUGAACUGUCUUGGUUCCGUUCUUGGUUUCGCUCUUGUCUCUGUUGCCUAUAACCCCAAGCUCAAGUGGAUGUAUGCUGGUAUCUCUAUUGCUAUGGGUAUCUGUGCUCCACUGUUCUAUUAUUGUCACGGUAAAAAUGAUGCUACUGAUGUUGCAGAUGAUGCCAUUGGUCGUCAUGACGAGAAGCAAAAUCAAGAAGUUGAAUACGACUAUGAGGAAAAGUCUUCAGCUUAA